AUGGACGGUCCGGGGACGAAGAAAAGUAUUAGACUCGUGAAUCUUCUUCCCAGGAGUAAAUGGAAGCAACUUGAUACAUCAGCCGCCCCUGGCUUUCCGGUGGGCGCGGAUAUCUCCGGUCAAGGUGUUUUAGAGGAGAAUUCAAAGUCAAAAAAAGGAAAAAUGCCAAAAUCAAUUAUGACAUCAGGAUUUCGGUUGAUUCAAUCUCCCGUCUUUCCGCAGAAACUGGUAUCGUGUAGACAUAUCGAAGCUUUAAAGCCGCCGCGCGUGCAACCGUACGGUAUCGCACGUAGGAGAACACUUGGAUUCCAGGGUGCUGACCAUGUGUUCAAGCCUUCGGUAGAAGCGGCUCGCGGGAAGGCCCAAAAUGAUCAAAUGAUCUUGAUCUUUGAGACUGAACCGGGUUCACGAGCAUCGGGAGAGGCGGGAGAGCGUCAAGAGAGAUGGAUGAUGACACCACAUCAUGAAGUCGAUUGA